CUCGUUUGUUGCCACUUGCCCCGGAGAUCACACGCUCGUCAACACACACAGAGAGAGAGAGAGAGAGAGAGAGAGAGAGAGAGAGAGAGAGAGAGAGGGAGAGAGAGAGAGAGAGAGAGACGGUCAAAUUGAGCUUUAUCUAUCGCGGUGGGUCACUUAAUAAGAGCCACUUGGAGCCAGAGGCGAGUCGGAGCGCAGAUCAUCUUCAUAAGAGCAGCGGUGAUAAUCAGAGAGCACAUUGCUCCACACAGAGAACAAACACACACACACAGAGAGAGAGAGAGAGAGAGAGAGAGAGAGAGAGAGAGACAGACACGGAAGAGAAGUGAGUGAAAGAGAGGCAGAGUGAGGGACGGACGGUUAGACACGCAACUUUUCACUCUGCGGGAUCGUGUUUGAAGGCAAAAACAAAAGGGGGGCUUAAAAAGUGACCGUGAAGAGGCCGGAGAGAGCUGGAGAAGAUGCCGCGGGUAGUCCCGGACCAGAGGAGCAAGUUCGACAAUGAGGAGUUUUUCCGCAAGUUGAGCAGGGAGUGUGAGAUUAAAUACACUGGCUUCAGGGACCGGCCCCACGAGGAGAGACAAGCCCGCUUCCAGAACGCCUGCAGGGACGGCCGGUCAGAAAUAGCCUUUGUAGCUACAGGCACCAACCUCUCUCUCCAGUUCUUUCCAGCCAACCUGCACGGCGAUCAGAGGCAGGUUCCCACAAGAGAGUAUGUCGACUUCGAGAGAGAGACAGGAAAGGUCCAUUUAAAGGCUCCUAUGAUCUUGAAUGGGGUGUGUGUGAUCUGGAGAGGCUGGAUCGACCUACAGAGGCUGGAUGGGAUGGGAUUCCUGGAGUAUGACGAUGAGAGGGCGCAGCAUGAGGACGCUUUGGCCCAGGCGGCGUUUGAAGAGGCUCGACGCAGAACCAGGGACUUCGAAGACAGAGACCGUUCACACAGAGAGGAUCUGGAGGACCCUGUGGUUUCUAAAAUCUGGGACUGAUGACACACAGACAGACAGCCAGCAGAAAAGAACAGGUCCAGACGACAGCAGGACCCCAGCCCUGGCUCAAACAUGGCCAACGCUGACGUGGAACACAAGAUGCGCUGAGGAGGACGAGGAUGAGGGAAUAUUGGAGGGAGGAGGAAGGCAGGGCUGGCUGUCCGUUCGCUUUCAAUACAAUCAACUGAAGCAAAAAUGUCAUCUGAAUCGCAGUUGUAGACCAAUUGUUCACCAGUAUUUCGUAACAGGUUUGAUAUGAUCAUUUUCACAUGGCAAACAUUUUUGAGAUAUUAUAUUAUAUUAUGUAGAGGACAGGAACAUUUUCUCGAUUGAUUGGAUUGAAGGUGAAUUGAGCCCUAGACAAGAAGGAUUCAAAAGUAUAAGGACACAGCAGACCUGGGCAAAAAAUACAGAAUAUAUUUAAAUACAGACGAAGGAAAAUGAAAGUCAAUUUAGCAUUAUAUUGCAAAAGUGACACAACCAGAGGUCAAGUGAGCGUUUCAAAUAUGUAAAGUGAAGAUCAAGUCAUUCAAAGCCUUUAUUUUUUAUCCAGGUCUUAAAGGAUUUGUUGGAUUGAGUUACUUUCAAGUACCAAAAGUAUAUUUUCUAUCAGUACAAGAUGUUGAAAAUGGAGGGGUUACAGAUGUCAUUGACAGAAGGAGCAGUCAGAUGAGAGGAUCAGUCUGGCUCAGGGUCGUGGUCAGCGCUUGUUGGUCAGCAUUACCUGAGCAUGCAAGUGAGAUUUUGAAAGUUUGGGGGGGAGGGGGGCGACAAAUAUUCUGCAAUGUUCACUGUUGUGCAACGCAUUUGUGAGCAUGCCUGUGUUAACCCCCACUGUGCCGAGUUCACUUCCCAAAACCUGCUGUUUUCUUAGACCAAAGUUCAAUUUGCUGGAAAGGAGGGGUGAAAGAUUGGGAAACUGAAUUUUAAAACAGCGGGCAGGUGGGAGGGGAGCGUAAAUAGAAAAAUGUGCCAGGUUGUAGAGUAAGAAGUGUUUGCUGUACUUUGAUCUUGAUGAUUUCUUUAAAAACUUCACCAAGGUGAAAUGCCCGGACUACAACCUGAGGCAGGCAGACAGUUGGCAAAGAAAACUGGUGACAAACUCUGCUAUCUUUGGCUCUGGAAGUGGGAUUGGAGGAGGGCGGGGUGGGGGCAGUGAACGGGCUGUCAAUUCAUACGUCCUUUAUCUUCUGAGGGUUUUGCACUAUGUGAUACAAUCAGUCUGGUUCCCCACAUGUUUUUUUUUUUUCUUAGCGUGCAUGAAACCAAACACAGGCCUACCUAUGUUCUUUAAUGUUCCCUAUGCAACCUAUUUAUCAUGAGAGCACUCUCUUUACAGCGCCUUGUUGAGGAAUUACUGGGUGAUUCUUUGCUGUUUCAUUGUUGUGAAGCCAAAUUUACAUCCCAAACAGUAGCAUGCUCCACAAAGCAUAAGAGCAUGGUGUAUUUAAAGGUGCAAUAUGUAAGAAUUUGAGUGUUAAAUAUUCUACUAUCAACAGAAUGUGAAGAGAUAACACUUUUGACAUUACUUCAAACACCUUUAUUUAUUGUGUUGCAUCAAAGUUAGCAUGCUAACCAGCUAGCCCCCAGCCACUUAGCUUAAGAGGUGAUGGUUGGUAAGCUGAGUUUACCAGCUGUAGGCAGCUAAAGUUUGCAGCAGUUAUUGGUUACUCCAAUGCCCCCCGACUGUUUGGGGUGUGAAUUUUACAGAUUUUUACAUAUUCUUACAUAUUGCUCCUUUAACCAGGUUCAUUUUGACACCUGUCUUUUAGAAUCUGUGCAUACCUUUGAGCCAAAAAUUGAGUGUAUUGCCUUUUCAGAGCCACAGGGUCACCGUAACAGAACAGUGCUGCCCAGUGAGGACCGUGUAGCUCCAAAUCUGGCGAUUUUGAAUUCAGAAAAACUGAAGGAUGAAGUGUUCCUUGUCAACUAAAUAAAGCAGUUAAAAAGCCACUGGGUUAUCAGAAACAAAGCAGAGAAAGGGCAUUUUGCAUCACUCAUGUCAAAUAGAUCUUCUGGACAGACAUGGUUGUCACUGGAGAGUAGUGAUAUAUCAUGCUUCUAUUCUCCUCAGUUGCAUGUGUCCCAUAGCAUCUGUCACUUCUACUGUACAAACAUUGGAUUGAGAUCAAUAUGAGUAAUUUAUCAGCUCAUAUCAUAGACUGCAGUUUAAUUAUUCUCUGUAUAUCAAUCACCCAGAUAUUCCUCGUCAUCAACGGGCUGUAAAACCCUAAAUGCAGUCUAAGUACUAUUCCCCGUCCUGUUACAGCACUAGUGUAAUGAAAUGGUAUUUUUUGUUAUCUUAUUUUGUUGUUUGUGUGAAAGUCAUGAUGUUUACUUUUUAUAUUACUUCUCACCUCUGUACAUGUAUUCAUUUUUGUUCAUCUUUCAGCUUUGUUACAAACUAGUAGUAGCAGUUGUGGGCUAUUUUAUGUCAAGUCAUGCGUAAAAUUACAAAAUGUCUCCAGAAAAUUUGGGAGUUUUGAAGACUUUUGUGGCUUUUGUCUUUCAUGUGUUGCUCUCAUUCAUGUUAUUUUUUUGGUUUUGUAGGAAAUCCACCUCCUGGGUUAGAUACAUUGAAUGUGGAUUGACUCAAGUCUUGUUAUUAGGAGAUAUACAUGUCUUUUUUUUUUAUAUUGUGCAACUAGAAGCUCUUUUCAUUUUCCAGUGUGUUUUACAUUUAGUGCACUCAACGGUUUUAUUAUAAUUAUUAUAACCAAGAAAAAUCUUUUGUUUAGUCAUGCUUUUUCUUUUUUUUUCCUCAAUCUGACUUUUUAAGGAUUUCUAUGAGCUUUACGUAAGCUUGAAAAAAAAACGGUGAAUUUUCUAUCCAUUGAUAGCCAUGUGUUUGUUACAUUUUUCACUUUUGGAGUAAAGAAGUGUUGUUUUUCUCAAAACAGUUGAAAUUGAAAUAAAAAAGUGGAUGAAAGCUCGAACACUGUGA